GUGUUCACUGAUUAUCGUAUCUUCAAGGAGUACAGUUCAACUACAUACGAUCCAACAACCAGGUCCUCGCAACAGAUAACUCCCCGCUCACCUCCGUUCCUCCCACACGACGAUUAAGUACUCGUAAUCAAAUCGAAGAGAUAGAGGUAAAACCACAAAGAAGAGCUCGAAAAAAUUCAACUUGAACGAGUCAAAGAGCUCCUCGCAUGAAUAAGUUCACCAGCAUAAUAUAUCAGCUUGCUCAGGAUAACACGACCCUGCCACUCAAAUCAAACCCAAUUACAUGGCCUCGCCAGCGCAAGGAUGAUUCCCGUGUACAACAUCGAGAACUACGGAACGCCUCCUCCAACUCUGAUUUAAGUCCGGGCCAAAAGUCUGCACCACCACCGCCUCCUCCAUCUCGCUCAGCCAAAAAGCCAGUUCAAUCCCCUGCUGUCCCCCUGCUCUUAAGACCAGUGCUAGUUCCAGAAGCUCUUAUCACCACGCGCCAGUCGAGAACACUUGUCAGUGUCCACAGCGACUCUAACGGCUCUGGACCCACUACAGUGCCCAUCGUCAGGCUCUACGACAUUUCACCCCAGGCAGCAUGGCACGCACCACGAGCGUCCUCCCAAGCACCCCCACCACGUCGGCGCUGUAACGAGCGGUACACUGCUCCAAUCACACACGGGGUUCGCUUAUCUUGGACACGAGGGUAGAUUCAUCAGCAUCUGGAACAUACCCACUGGACCCGAAUGCACGGGCGUGCUGAGUCUCGAGGGCGCCGGGACGCGUUUGUGGGCUGGGGCAUGGAUAGGAUGAUAUGCGCGUAUGAUGUGAUGUACCGUACUUUGGUGUUGAUUGGAUUGGCACGUGUGUUUCUUGUUUCGUUUUGGGCUGGGUGUGUGCUGAUG